AUGUCACCAACUCUCCUCUCUAAAGAUUAUAAUUCUGAAGCGAUAGAUGGCGCGUCAAAAAUGGGAUUUAUACAUGUUCUUGAAUGGUGGCGGCGCUCGAAUCUAUCCUUAAAAUAUACAGAGACAGCCCUGGAACAAGCAUCUUCUCGAGGAAAUAUAUCAGUACUUGAAUGGUGGAAACAUGCCAAUACACAGCAAGACUUUUGCCACACCCUAGAAUGCGAGAUACCGUCUCGCGAAAAGAAAGAUAGCGCUUAUGCCUACGGUUCUGUUGAAGUUCAGAGGACUCUGCCCCUUCUUCCUGGAAAGUCCCUUCUGACCGCAGCUCAGAAUAAUCAGCCUCUUGUAUUACGCUGGUGGGAUAAUUCUCGUAUACCUGUUUCACACUCAGAGGCCGUGGCUAGGGUUGCAUCUGAGCACGGUUACGUCGAUGUUCUUGAUACCUGGCUAGAAUUAAAAGGCGAGAAGCUAUCAUUUGAUAGCAAGAUACUUAUAGGUCCAACAAAGAAUGGACAUGUGAAUGUUCUACAAUGGUGGAAAAACUUCAGCAGAGGAAUAGAUGGACGGCCCGGUCGCAAGGUCGAAUAUAAAACUUGUGAUAUUGAGGAGGCUCUUGAAGAUUGCAUUCGGAAUGAAAAGAUCGCAUCCGAAGUGAGAAUUUGGUGGACCCAAAACGGUUUGAAUCUAGGACUUCAGGCACGAGAGUGGACCCGAACAAAAGUGCUCUAG